AUGGCGCAGCUCUUGCGGGUGGUCGCGCUGGCGAUCGCCACCAGCGCGGCGGCUCUGUCGCGGGACUGGGAGAACGGUGGUCUGUUUGGAGGUGAUGCGCUGUCGUCAAUGAACUUGCCCCUUUUCCUAUCCGACGUUCUAGGAGAAGCGAGGAAUCCAUGGCAUGGUGUCGACCCAGCAGGAGAUCCUCCGAACACUGGCGUGACACGCCGCUACGAGUUCGACGUCUCGCGGGCGUUUGCAUCUCCGGACGGGUUCAACAAAAGCGUGAUCCUGAUCAAUGGGCAGUUCCCAGGGCCGAUGAUCGAAGCCAAUUGGGGCGACAUGAUCGAGGUGACGGUUACAAAUAGCAUCGACAGUCCGGAUGAGGGUAUUACACUGCACUGGCAUGGGCUCACGCAAAAGAAGACCCCAUGGUAUGACGGCGUCCCGGGCGUCUCGCAGUGUCCGAUCGCCCCUCGUGGAGGAAGGUUUACCUAUACCUUCCAAGCGGAUCGGUAUGGCUCCAGCUGGUAUCAUUCGCAUUACAGUGCACAGUAUGAUGACGGACUCUUUGGCCCACUCAUAAUCCAUGGUCCUUUGCAGCCGGAAGUCAAGUAUGACUUCGACCUGGGCCCCGUUAUCAUCUCGGAUUACUACCACGUCGGCUACUAUGAGAUCAUGGAACGGAGCAUACACAAGCCCCCGGGAAUCAUACCACUGGAUAAUAAUCUCAUCAACGGGAAGGGAUCGUACAAUUGCAAUCAUACCAGCACGGACACGAAAUGCCUGCCUGGCGCCGGAUUUGAGAAGUUCAGAUUUCGCUCCGGGAAACGGCAUCGUCUCCGAUUAAUCAACAGCGGUGCUCUCGCCAACCAGAAGAUCAGCAUUGACAACCACGAGAUGACAGUCAUCGCCAACGACUUUGUCCCUGUCAAACCCUACAAGACCAAGGUGGUCACAUUGAGCCCCGGUCAGCGAACGGACGUGAUCGUGCACGCUACCGGCUGCGCCACCGAUGCCGUCUGGUUACGCUCCGACAUGGACAUGGUCUGUCUCCAGAACACGGCGAGUUUCCAGACCGCGCGUGCCGCCAUAUACUACGAGCUUGCGAACCCGGGGCGAUUGCCUCAGACAAAGGGAACGAGCUGGGAGAGCAACGACUGCCGCAACGACCCGUUGGAUCGCACCGUUCCUUAUUACCCUCUCAAACCGCCAGUCCCCAGCACCACGCAGACGGUGACCAUCACGGCGGGCCUGAACGAGACCGGCUUUAUGGUAAUGUUCAUGGACGGGUCUUCUUUCAUGUCCAACUACAACCAGGCCGCUCUGCUCGCAGCCCAGGAAGGCAAUGUCAGUUUUCCGCGCCAGCGGAAUAUAUACGACUUCGGGUCCAACUCCAGUGUCCGGCUAGUGUUUGAGAACGCCUUCAGCACAUUGCACCCCAUGCAUCUGCACGGUCAUGACUUCUGGGUUCUGUCCGAGGGACCCGGCCGAUGGAACGGAACUAUCGUCAAUCCGGAGAAUCCACUGCGUCGAGAUACCCACCUCAUGAUGCCGGGAUCGCCGGAGGACCCGUCGCAUUUAGUGCUGCAGUGGGAUCAGGAUAAUCCGGGGGUCUGGCCACUGCACUGCCAUAUUUCUAUUCAUUCAAGUGCGGGCAUGGUGAUUCUGGCAUUGGAACGACCCGACGAUAUCGCCAAUCUUCCUAUCCCGGGGGCCAUUGCCAAGGAUUGUGAGAUCUGGGAUCAUAUUGACAAGUCGGACUAUGCUGAGCAGAUUGACUCUGGAGUAUAA